AAUCGAACAACCAAACAAAACAGUUCCGUGACGUAGCUGGAAACAUGGCGGUGUUCAGUGGUUUCGAUGAAGCUUGUCCAAUAAAUUAACUGAAAUUUCGGCGAAAUACAUAUAUUUUUAAUAUUUUUUAAAUGUCUAUCGUGGUAUCUAACAGUCAUGGCUGGCUGUUAGACUCCUGUUCAUAUAUAGAUGAGAGUGUACGGCGCUGUGUUUGUGCACGUGAUGGACUUACAACGCCAAAAUACUUCACGUGCAGAUUCAACAGGCAAUAUUUUAAUUUAUUAAAGCCUCACAUUCAAGAUAAACAAAAUGUUUUGACAAGCACAGAUACGCAAAGCGCCGAGAAUGGCGAACAUGUGAAGAUUGAUCUGAAAACACGUAAGAAGCGCAAGAGAAAACAACAUGAUCUCAAUACUGGAGAGAAGGAUGCACGUGAAUAUCAUGAAAAGAUCCAGUUUGUGGUCCUGGAAGGCUCUCAGGCUCUGGCUAAAGCCGGUCGUCAUUGUGGUUACUGGACAGAAGCUUUACCCUCCUUGACCUUUGAACCCAUCUCAGUACAAGAGUGCCAACUGUCUGCAUUAUGUGACAUGGCCAAACAGCUCCCAUUAACAGAUGAGUCUUUACUGGCGCCAGUACAGACACUGAACCGAGAUGAUCUAGAUGCCCCGCUUGACUUAUUCAAUUACAUCACAGAGAACCCGUAUGACAUCACUUAUGAGGUCACAUUAAUGAGCGAGAGAUAUCUGCUGCCCCCCCGCAGCCGCUUCCUGUUGUCUGACAUCACACGCAUACAACCUCUAGUUAACAGUGGAGACAAGUUUGACCUUAUAGUACUUGACCCACCAUGGGAGAAUAAAUCGGUCAAAAGAAGCAACAGAUAUAGUUCACUGCCGUCCUCUGAGAUCAAACAACUACCUGUGCCGGCGUUGGCCUCCCAGGGUUGUGUGGUGGUUACAUGGGUAACUAACCGGGCACAGCACCUGCGUUUUGUCAGAGAGGAGCUUUACCCUCACUGGGGUGUGGAAGUGCUGGCAGAAUGGCUUUGGGUCAAGGUGACGCGAAGGGGUGAGUUUGUGUUUCCGCUGGACUCCCAACACAAGAAGCCCUAUGAAGUGCUGGUGCUCGGCAGGUGUCGCACUCAGCACACAGUCAGGUCCUCGGCACAGGAUGAGCUACCACAUCAAAGACUUCUGCUCAGCGUCCCCUCCAUCCUUCACUCCCAUAAGCCUUCACUGUCAGCUGUGCUAAAGCCGUACAUACGCUCUGAUCCUAAAUGUUUAGAGAUGUUUGCUCGAAGCCUCCAAUCUGAUUGGACCAGCUGGGGAAAUGAGGUCAUCAAGUUUCAGCACAGUAGUUAUUUUACCAGAGAGAAAGUUGAGGAUUCGUCCAGCGUGUCUGAGACCACAGACUGACAUAAGAGUUAAAUUAUAAGAGAGGAAGAUGCAUGUGGCUUGCAAAGUCUAUUAUUAUUGGUCCACAUCUUUGCAUUUAAUCUGACAUCAUGCACCAUUAGCAUCAGAAGUUGAUCUUCCACGAUAACGUUUUUAUUAAAAUUUGAUAUCAUCUUUGUGUAAAUGUAAUUUGCACAUUUAAAACUGCAUUCAGUAGACAUCAUGAUCUGUUUUAGGCCAUUUUUUAACAUAAGCAGUGAGACUGAAUGUGUGUAUGCAUCACUGCGUCAUUGCACAUACUAUUAUACAUAUUUGUAUUAUUUUGUAAACCGUAAAUAAAAUAGUUUAAAUGAC